CGCGGUGACGUAUGUUGUCCGCCGCCUGUUGGUCUUCCACAGUUGGUGACGAGUAUUAUGAAAAUGGCCUCGACCCUGCCCAUAAACGCGAAUAUCCAGACAAGAUGACGACGCUGAGCUCACUAAGUCAGUUAAACACCCAAGUGUCUUCUUUGAACACGUAGGUAUUGGUAAAGAAAACAAAAAGAAAGGGACUGUCGGCAAAGGAACCGUCAAGAAAACACUCCAGACCGCAGUGUCUUUUCAUUAGGCUGAGGAAUCACUAUGGAGGAUAUCAACUCUAACAUUAACGCGGACUUGGAGGUGCGGAAGCUCCAGGACUUGGUGAAAAAACUCGAGCAACAGAACGAGCAGCUCCGGAGCAGGUCCACUAUGUUGUCUUCGUCCGGAGCCAUGUCAGCGAACCACAGACCCCUGAGCGCCGGGUACGACUCGUCCUCCCUGUCAGUGGGGAUGGCAGCCGGUCUGGCCGGCUUCCCUGGGGUGGGGUUCGGCGAUUCAGGCGGCUAUGGUGGGCCGUUGGAGAACAACCGCUGUUCGAGACCCAGGCUGUCCUACGACGGCAUCAGCUUCAAGAGGGCGUAUGAGUGCGAGGGGGCAUCUGCUGCCACCUCUCUGGCUAGUAUGAACUCCCUUUACCCAGACAACGCCGGGGGGUUGACGGCUGACGGGGAAACCUCAAUUCUAGAUGAAGUGGACAUCUUAGAUCUUGAAGACAUGGACUGUCUAAACGAAGACGAAGACAGCUGGUUAUAUGAAUCCAAACUGAACAGCCCGCUUCAAAAAACCUUGAGUCCUGUUGUGUGGUGUCGGCAAACGUUAGACAACCCCAGUCCUGAGAUGGAAUCGGCCAAGCGCUCGCUCAUCCACAGGCUGGACCUCACCCUGUCAGCCAACAAGCGCAGGAGCCUGUAUGGAAGCCCUUAUCUCCAGCAGAGUUAUGGAAGCCCAUAUAGCACAAAUGCAGCCAACAGCCCCUACAGCAGUGGCUUCAACUCCCCCUCCUCAACGCCUUGCAAAGUGCCCAUUGUCCGACAGCAGCUAAUGCCCGGUAACUCUGUGCACCAGAGAAACGCUGCUGCAGAGAGGAAUCCUCCUGCCAUUAGUCCACAGUCAUCAGUGGACAGCGAGCUGAGCACAUCAGAGAUGGAUGAGGACUCAGUGGGUUCCUCGACUACCUACAAACUUAAUGACGUCACAGAUGUCCAGAUACUGGCACGCAUGCAGGAAGAGAGUUUGAGACAAGAGUACGCCGCCACGGCGUCCAGGCGCAGCUCGGGUUCAUCGUGCCACUCACUGCGGCGCAGCACCUUCAGCGACCAGGAGUUAGAUGCACACAGUCUGGAGGACGAGGAAGAGGCGGUGCACAUGUCCUUUGCCCUGCCCUCCAACCGUUUCAGCCCCUCCCCUCGCCACUCUCCUCGUGUUUCACCAAGGAACUCUCCCCGCUCACGCUCCCCCGCUCGCUCCAUCGACUACAGCCGGGGCUCGCCGCAGCCCAUCAUCAGCCGCCUGCAGCAGCCCCGCCACUCGCUGCAGGGCCACGGCCACGACCUGCAGACCAACGUGGUUAAGAAUGAAGAAAAGCUCCGCCGAAGUCUUCCCAACCUCACACGCUCGGCCACGGUGACAGGUCAGUCACCAGAACCUGUCAAGAACAGCCGCAGCUGUGAGUCCAACCUUCAAGUGCCAAACGGCGGCUCUCCCCGACACCAGAGCCAGUCCUCAACUGCUGCUCAGCUCCCGAGAUACUCCGGUUCUUCUCGCUCAUCCCCGAAACCCAAAGAGCUCCUCCAAAAGCCAACUGCCCUGCGAGUGCCCUCUCCUAGUAAACUCCGAACUCCAGCCACGCCAUCCCCGCUGGCUUUGAGACAACCUGUAAAGGCCACAUCUACCCCUAAUUCUGCCAGCUCCACCCCCACCCGCUCGCUGGCUCCCCCCCGCAGUGGCCUUCCCCGACCGAGUGCUUCUGCAGGAGGAGGCAUCCCUCUGCCUCGAAGCAAGCUGGCUCAACCUGUACGCAGAUCUCUUCCUGCUCCUAGAACAUACGGCAGCGCAGGUGACAACUGGAGAGAAGGUUGUUACUGAGCCCAGCCAGCAGGGGGCUCUCUGGUCACACUAUCAACAGGAAGAAGGAGACAACUCAACAUGGCACUUUAUUUACCUAGAUAAGAUUUUCCUUAAAGAGACAGAAAAACGUGUAUAAAUCAGAGUUUUAAAAAGAACAGGAGAGACUCUAUAAUUUGUCAGAAACGGCAUCCCAUCAUUGUUCUCUGGGGGGACCGGCUCUGGGAAGGAGGGGGGUCAGGCAUAUAGUGCAGACUACACAGAAAAUGCCAAAGAAACCAGGCCGCCUUCAGAGGACAAAUUGCCUGCAGUCAUGUCUACAUGCCCAGCUUCCCUCUCUCCUCCUCUGUUCUCCUGUCACCUCCCUCAGGUUGAAAUGUUUCCACACAUUUCUGUUACUAUGCUCUGUGUUCAGCAGAUGUUGGUGAGUGAUCUCUAUGAUGAUGCCGUGCAGGUGAACUGUCCCGUGGUGUUAAGAUAAUUUUUUGAUGUCUUGCAACAGUGAAAGCACCUCUUGUGUGGGUACAACUCUGUAGUCGUUCCUCUUCUAAAGAAAAACAUCAGCCAGAAUGUAUGCACAAGUUUGUUUUUCAAAUUAUUUAUUCAAAUUAUUUAAGAAGCAUAUGUCCAAACAUCCAUAUCAGUAUUUUGAUUAAAGUUUUCUGUUUGAAAUUGUUCAUUUUGAACCUCAGCUGCAAGCUAACUCUCCAAAGCCUUGUUUUCGUUGGAAGUGUCCGAUCCGUUCUGGUGGGAAAAAUCAGGAAACGAGGGACACCUCGGCCCAAGCCCCGGUUCUGACAUUUCUCAGAGUGCUCAGUUAAAGGACAGGUUGUUGUCAUUAAACUGAAGUUUUAUUUGUUAAAAAACAGAUUUAAUCAUUUUUUUUUUAAAGAAACAGAAUAUCACUGUCACCCAUUUAGCCAAUGCAACCAAGACAACUUCAGUGUUUUCCAGUGAUCUGUCAUUUAAGGGGAGAAAAAAAAGGAAUUAAAUUUACAAUAAAUUCAAGGAAUAAAAUGAGAGUUUGGAAACGUUUUAAUAAGCUUUCACCCGAUGUGCUACAUGAAUCAAAAAAGGCAUGCCAGUGUUAGGAAAGGUGUUUGGGUCAUUGCUGUGAUGGGUGUCUUUAAUUAGUGCCUAUAAGUUAAAAUUUCACUUUUUGAGUUUGAGCUUAAGAUUUUGUAUGUUUAUCAUUUGUGCCAACUCCUUUCUUUGCCAACAUUGUUUUCAACUUUGCAUCUAUGCCUGAUUGAUAUGCUUGACUGUUUUUGUAACUGAAUCAACACACUUAUAAUUGCUUUACAAAUGUUCCUUCUGCCUUUUUUAUUUAUAGAAAAAAAAUCCUGUUUCUGUAAAUGAAACUAUUUAUUAAAGAGAUGGGGGCCUGUCAAAGCUCCGAUUUGGUGGGAAGCCAGGAUGAAUGUUGCAAAAAGACAAACACACUUUGUGUGAAACUUUUUUUUUUUUAAAUGAACUUUUUUUAUAACCACAAACAUGACAUAUGGUUUCCCUGUGUAAAGUCACAUUUCAAAUGAAAAUUAAAACGUUUCUCCUUUC